AAACGGAGUAUUUCUUUACCUUUACAAAAGAAAAUGAAAAUAAAACAAUUAAACUUUUAAGGAAGAUCAGAUAAGUAGUUGAAAGCCUUUAAUCUAGUAGUUGAGGACUGAUGAGAUUAAGUAGUGAGAGGAAGAGGCUUGAGGAGGAUCUCUAACAUUAAUCAAACUCUCUCAUCUUCCUCCUGCACUCCAACAAAAUCUUCUCGUCUCUCUUUAAACCAAUAGCACACAAUGGCACAUGAAACACCACCCACGCCCAGUACAAGAAAGAGGAUCUGCAGCUUAUUCUUGAUCGUUUGUGUCAUUGCAUGUAUUAUUGGUUUGGUCGUUUUUAUACUCAUCAACGAAUGCAAACGUCCGGCGCCAAAAGUAGAAUUAGCUUCUAUGGACUUCAUGGUGCUUAAUAUCACAUAGACUCGUCUUAGUGCAAAGUGGGAUUUGUCCAUAAGGAUCCCUGCAGAUCUUCCUGGUGACUAUAUAUGUCUUCAAGGAGACUUUCAAGUUUCAUUUCUUUACAAGAAUGUUACUCUCUUUACCUCACCUCCACAAAAGUAAGCUGUUUACUAUUAACAACCUCCGAUACCGCUGUCCUCAGCUUCUUAAAGUUUCUGUUGUUGUCUCCGACGAAAACAUUAGUUCGAUUGGAACAUACAUUAUGGAAGAUGUCAAAGAGAAGAAGCAAGUAACUUUUGGAUUGCAGUUUUCUCUUACCGAUUGCAGAAAAAAGACGUUAGGAGUUAUGAGUUAUGCAUGCUGUGGAGUCACCUUGAGGUUCGAACCCGGAUCUGAGAUGAAGGCGUCUGUGUUUGGAAAGCAUCCAAGGUACACAAAUUUCUGACCAAGUCCACGUCAACACCAGUAUAAUGUUAGAGUUUGCAAAGAUUUGACAUUACUUAAGGGCUUUAUUGAAUUAGAGAUUUAGUUUAUUUGUAAAUGACUUUAGAUUUGGUUCGACUUUAUUUAGGGUCUAAAGUUUAUUGUAUAACUGUUUAAUAUUUGUCAGGACUUAAUGAAGAUGUAAUGUUUAGACUUUGGUGUAUUUUGUACGACAUGCAUGAUAUAAUAAAGGAAUUAUCAUAAUUAAAUUGAACU